CGCAGCAGGAGGAGCUGAGGCGGCGCUUCCCGCCCUUCCUCCUCCUCCUCCACCUCCGCGCCCGCCGGACGGGGACAGAGCGGCGGAGCCGGGGCCCCUCAGCCACUGCCGGGGUCCGGGGGAGCAGCCGUGCUGCAUCCGGCCAUGGUGCCCCGCUCGUUGCCGGCGGGGCAGGAGCAGGCGCGGCGGCGGCCGCCAUUGCUCGCGGGGGCCGCGGUACUAUGAAGGAUGGAAGCGGACGAGGUGACGAUCCGGGAGCAGAACUUCCACAGCCAAGUGCGGGAGUACACGAUCUGUUUUCUCCUGUUUGCUGUUCUCUACAUAGUUUCCUACUUUAUAAUCACAAGAUACAAAAGGAAAGCAGAUGAGCAAGAGGAUGAAGAUGCCAUCGUUAACAGAAUAUCGCUGUUCUUGAGCACCUUCACUCUAGCAGUUUCAGCUGGUGCAGUCCUGCUUCUACCUUUCUCAAUAAUCAGCAAUGAGAUCCUGCUUUCUUUUCCACAAAACUACUAUAUUCAGUGGUUAAAUGGCUCACUAAUUCAUGGUUUGUGGAAUCUUGCCUCUCUUUUUUCAAAUCUGUGUUUGUUUGUAUUGAUGCCCUUUGCGUUUUUCUUCCUGGAAUCAGAAGGAUUUGCUGGCUUGAAAAAGGGCAUCAGAGCACGGAUUUUAGAAACCCUUGUAAUGCUCAUUCUUCUUGCACUGCUUAUCCUUGGAAUCGUAUGGGUGGCUUCAGCACUCAUAGACAAUGAUGCUGCCAGUAUGGAGUCUUUAUAUGACCUCUGGGAAUUCUACCUCCCGUAUUUAUAUUCCUGUAUAUCACUGAUGGGAUGCUUGUUGCUUUUGUUGUGCACGCCAGUGGGGCUCUCACGGAUGUUUACAGUAAUGGGUCAGUUGCUGGUGAAGCCGACAAUCCUGGAAGACCUAGAUGAGCAGAUGUAUAUCAUCACCUUAGAAGAAGAAGCAAUUCAGAGGAAGCUUAAUGGUGUAUCUUCCACAGUGGAAUACCAGACGGUAGAGCUGGAACGUGAGCUGGAAAAAGUGAAAAGCAAGAAAACAAAUCUAGAACGGAGGAAAAAAGCUUCUGCUUGGGAAAGGAAUUUAGUCUAUCCAGCUGUCAUGAUAUUGCUACUGACUGAGACAUCCAUUUCAGUUCUCUUAGUCGCUCUCAACAUUCUUUACCUGUUGGUUGACGAGACUGCAAUGCCAAAGGGAUCAGGGGGGCCUGGAAUAGGAAAUGCCUCCUUAUCCACCUUUGGCUUUGUAGGAGCAGCACUUGAAAUCAUUUUGAUUUUCUAUCUUAUGGUAUCUUCUGUCGUCGGCUUCUACAGUCUUCGUUUUUUUGAGAAUUUCACUCCCAGGAAGGAUGACACAACUAUGACAAAGAUAAUUGGAAACUGUGUCUCAAUCUUGGUGCUGAGCUCUGCUUUGCCAGUGAUGUCAAGGACACUGGGAAUCACCAGAUUUGAUCUGCUUGGAGACUUCGGAAGGUUCAACUGGCUGGGGAACUUCUAUAUUGUGUUAUCUUACAACCUGCUCUUUGCUAUCGUGACAACAUUGUGUCUGGUCAGAAAGUUCACUUCUGCUGUGCGAGAAGAGCUCCUGAAGGCAAUAGGACUAGAUAAACUUAAUCUAUCAAACAAUCCAAGAGACUCGGAGACAAAGCCUUCUGCAAAUGGCCAUCAGAAAACACUGUGAUAACAGUCACCUGCAGUCAACAGAGCUGAAAACAUCAACCUCAUGGCAUUCCUGUCAUCUCAUCAGCAUUUUUAUAUUGCUUUUAGUUAUUAGUUUGGGUCGAGCCUUGUCUCAUUUUGAUGCUGUGUGCUUCUGAGGAAGUUAUGUGUGUCAGGUUCUUCUCUUUCCAGUGAACUUUUGGUCUGCUUGUUUAUUUCCCAGUAAGUUAAUGCAGGAGGUGCCUUGAAGACUGGAAGCUGAAGAGAAAAAUGCAUUCCUUUUUAUUUGUUUAAAGUCUCACAUCUUUAUUUUUAAACUUGCUACCAUUUGAAUGCACAGUACCUCCUGUGUUAUACAAACACAGCUAUGAAGAAUAACUUUGGGACUUGGUUAAAAAAAAAAAAGAAGAAAACAUACACUUGAAGGCCAACAUGACCCUUACUGGAAAUGUAAAGUACCUGGAGUAGGUAUCCUUGACAGAAGAUAAACAGUUCUACUGAGAGUGAGUUAAAAAUGACAGUAGAGAUCACAGUUCCCUCGGUGCUGGAUGCAGUAGGCUGUGUCACAGAUCUGUCUCGGAAGGCAGCGUUUUCAGCUCUCUGUCCUUAGUUCCAAAUGCCAGGUUGCUUUACUGAUGGUCAAACAAUGUGUUACGGAAGUCCAAGAUGAAGAUUAACUUCAGUGUUAAAUCUGAGCCUAGUAUGCUUUGUAAAAAGCUGUGUAGACCCCCUGUCACAGCUCUUACAGUUCUGUGAGCUGUUGUGCCGUGGAGGUCCCUUACCCUACCCAGUACCCCCUGUGAAAUUGUUGAUGAACUACUGUGGGUAAGCAGUACCUGGAAUCAAUGCAAGGAGCACAGGCUGCAGUUGCAGUUUUCUACAAUCUUUAAUUUGAAGUAAAUUUCUCUGAAUUUAUACUUCAGUUACCAGGAUUUCUGUUCAGUGGCACAAUCCAGUUAUCUGUCACUAGCCUGUUUUUUAAUGUACACAUGAACAUGUAUAUAGGCCUAUAUGUGUAGAUACCGUAAAUUAAAUUCUAAGGUUAUAGAGAUGAUGUAGGUGGUUUGGUAAGUAAAACCUGUGUGUUCAGUCUUGGUAGUUUGAAUUUCUGCAGUGUUACAGUUUAACUGCUCAGAGGCCUUAGAUUCAGGAUGACAUCAGUGGGUGGUAAUGUCCUUUCUUGUAGCAUUUCCUGCAGCCUUAGGAGUCCUUUCAGGAGUUUAUAGUAAAGAAAAAUAACCAAGUAAGUAUUCAAAAUCUGGUAGCACUUUUGUACUGCUUGGCCACAAGUAAUCUUCAAACAGACUGGAAUGGGGACACCUUCAGUGAGUGUCUGUCAUGUAGGGAGCCAGAAAAUGUUCCUGUUUAUUUCCCAUUUGUGUAAAACUGCCUGUCUGUAGUUUGAGGUCUUAUAUUAUUUGGUGACAGCUUGCUCUCUGGUGGGGUUCCAAAAUAAGGUAAACCUUGUGUCAGAAACUCUUUGGCUGUUUUCCUGAGAUGACUGCUCUGGGCUGUAGACCUUAUUGCUGUGUGUGUGAAUGUCUGCUUGUUUUUUUUCCCCUAAAGUGCUUCAAAAAUCAAGCUCCAGUACACAUGAGGAUUUACCUUUUUUGCAGCUGCCUUUUCUGACUUGAACUGGGGCAUAAUGUAAAUAUUUCUGUAGUAAAUAUGAUGCUAGAGAGUUACUUUUUUUGUGUGUGUGUGAUUAGUAUAAAUACAAGGUUUAUUGAACUGACUAUUGAUGUGUUGUAUCAAGUCUUGGAAGAAGAAGUAAAAUUGCUUGAUUUCACUAAGAUUUACAAGCAUCUUUUUUCUUGUUUAAUGCUGACACUUUAGUGAGAAAUCUUUAUGUGAGUCAAAGUUCUGCAACCAGUAACAGGGAGCUAUAAUUAAAAGUUGUUCUAAAAUGAGCUCAUAUUUAAAAUAUUGGGAGAUAUAUUAUUAGGGGCAUCAUUCAGGUAUUCUCAGAGCUUGUAGCCUUAUGUAUUGGCAUCAUAGUUAAAAACUGGUGAAAUGUGUCCACUUUUUCAUGCAAGUCAUUGUAUGACCAAAAUUGUGCUCAUGUCUUAAUGGGACUGGUGAAUUGUGGUAUGUGAGGCCAGUUAGCUUUAUAGAAAUAUUUCUAUUACAAUGCUAAGACAGUUAAUAGAAGCUGAAGAAAUUAAUAUUAGGAAUAAACCUAGGAGUGUGAACCAGCAUAGGUCAUGCCCUUCGUGCCUUUGGAGAGAUAUUUGUCCUGGCAUCAGUGACCCAAGAACACAGAAUAAGGUGGAUUGUAAUGUGUGUGUGGCUUCUGCAAGUGGGUUGGGCAAUUACUUCAACUGAGCAGGGGCAGUUCCUGACAAGAAGCACCCAAGCUCCAGGCAAGGCUUUAAAUCCCUUUUUCAAAACAAAUGUUACAGCCUUGACUGUCCCCACCCCUUCUGCUGGAUUCUGCAGGCAGGUGUAUGGGUUAAGGCUGUGUUAGGGAAGACUUUACACUGGAUUCUGUGGGAUGGUUGAGGUGCUGUGUGGUUUCCAGGGUGGGUGAGAAAUUCAGAACUACCCUUUGCAACUACUGACAGUGUUUUGUUUUAAAAUCAACUGCUGAUAUUGUGACGCUGUCCGCAUUAAAAUAAGCCUUUGGCCUUGAAAAUGACAUGCUUAUGCAAAGCUUUGUAACUGCAUGCAGGAUACAGGUCACUGUAUACUUUCCACAGAAGCAUAUGGUCACUUAAGUACAAGCAACUGGUAAUUCAUUAAUGGAUAUUGACAAUACAUUCCUAGUAUUUUGACUCAUGUAGAGUCAGGUGGUCUAUACCUUCAAGGUAUAUACAACUGAUCUUAGUAACAUUAACAUCUGCCUCACUUCUUAUGAGGCAAAAAGCACAUCAAUGCUUCCAUCUUCAACUAGAUACCACAUAAGACCAAAAAAUAGAUGCAAACUGAGUGUUUUAAGUUAGCCGUUUUUUGGCUUUUUUCCAUGUUGGUAGCACAAUAUUAAAUGCAAUGGUGGAACUGUAAUAUUUGUAGGAUUUCUAAGCAUAAAGCACACAUGCUUAUCACUUUAAGCUAAAAAAUAAUAGUAUUGGUUACUGUACAAGUAACAGUUUUGCAUUCAUAGGAAGCUUUGUCUGUAAUGUGAUGUUUAUCUUUGGCCCUGUUCCUCCAAUACCUUUGACCCUGUUGACUGUUGUAGUGUCAUAGAAAUUAAAAGAUUUGACGAGUUGUUUUCCUUGUCUGGUUCCCAAAUAUCACCUGGAGCACCAGUGGAGAGGAGCUCCUGCAGCAAGUGCUUGGCAGGAUGAACGUGGGAGCAGAUCCUGGGGGACACAUCCUCCCCUGUGUCCCCAGGAGUGCCAUGUCCUCCCCUGUGGCACCAGGAGUGAUGGGUGCCAAGGGGCUGCAGCCCCUGUCUAUCCCACCAUGUCUCUGCCACUCGCUCGUCAGUCUGUGCAGCAGCUGAUGCUAUUUGAGGUGCUCACAUGUGCCUAGUGCUGUGUAGUGAAGACAUGAUGGCCCUUUUCUUAAAGAAUUUAUAGUCUAAAUUAGAAAGGAAUAAGGUAGAAACAAAGCAAUUGGCCUCUUCCUGCAUGUGGCUUUCCUUGAACUCGAAACACGUUCUAGGUUAUUUCGCAUCUCUUCUUCCUCUUCCAGGAGGGGGGUGGUGGUGUAUGUACAGCAGCUGAGCCUUACCCUUAGUGGACUAGCAUCUAAAAUACAAGAAAACAUCCUAAAUCCUGUUAAACAAUUCUCUGAUCUUGAAAAUAGCAUUUUUUUAAAUCAAGGUGAAAUAAUCUAAACAGAGACAGGACGCUAAGGCCACAUGAAAAACCUCUUCAAAAAGAAAUGUGCUUAGUUUUGUUUAAAAAAGUGUUGUUGUGAACUGUAAAACUUUAAUUGCUUUAAUGAAAUGAGAUUCCCUACCUCCUAGUGUUAGGAUUUUUGUUGUGAUUUUAGUGCUGAGUUGAGACGAUAUUGCCUACACUGAGUUCCCUCCCCAAUCCAUGAACACUGAAUUUGCUCUUGGUAAGCUGGCAGGUUUUUUCAGUCACAUUGUCAGGAUUUGAGCUUUACAAAAAUGCUGCUUUUGAAUUCAUCCCAGUCAGUGAGAACCAGCUAAGCCCACAGCCACCACCCACAUGCUGAUACAACUUCUGCCCCCUUUUCUACCUUGCCCCCUGCCCUGACAUUAGGCAAGGUAGACACAGUCUCUGUUGUAUGAAGCUGUGAUGUUCCUUCCUGUGAUCAGGGUGAGAGAUGAGCCUGUGGUGUGUCCCUCUGCCACACACAGUUCAGGUGCUGAGCUGUGGGAAUUGGUGGGAAUUGCAGACUCCUGGGGUUUCCAGGUGAUAGCUGAGGUGUUCAGGAACUGGAGCUUGGCACUUUCAGCUGUUUUGUUAGGGCUUCAGGUGGUUCAGGAUCUUCUGUCUGUACAUGACUGUGCAGCUGUUCUGUGUUUAAUUGGCUUUUUGCUGUCUCAAGGGCUGCAUGGUUCUGAGAGGAACUGUGUCCCUCCACGCCACAGCCAGAGAGGGUCUCCUGCAAGCUGCACUUGAACACUUAAAGCCCAACAAUAUUGGUCAGAAUCCUAGGAAGGAGAACGUAGCUUGUGGGGAAUCAACCCCAGAUGGGACUUCAGAGUCCCCACUGUGCCCAAUAAUUGGGUAAGGGUGGUGGCUGAUGGAAAUGACAUGGAGCUCACCUGCUUGGAUUCUUUUAUUAUUUUUCUAGUUGGUCUUUAAAAUUCCAGAUUGCUGAAAAUAUAUUGCAUGGAAUUCAGGGACUGAUGGAGCUUUUUUUUUCUAAAUCUGGCCUUGAUUCUUGGAGAUACCCAACCUCUUGGUUUGCUUCCCUUUUUAGUGUUUUCAGGUCAUUCUCAGUGGCCUUUGUGUUAAGAACAGCUACUCUUCUUGAGAUAGACAGAACAUGAAAUAGCAGAAGAAUGUGCAUAGAUUUGAUUUAUGCACGGUAAGAAAACAUACCAGAAGGCAACUUCAAUGGAAGGCUUUUGGAAUAUUUCACAAAUGAAGCACCUAAAACUCUUCUUUCAAAGAGAAAGAAGAAAUGUGUAUCAUUAGUAUGCAAAUGUCAAUUGUAUGUUCUCUAAACCAGUAAUUCACGGAUGCUGAAAAGAACUUAAUAAGUUCUUAGAACAUCUUUCGUGAUUCACAGUGAAACAGUAUCUUGGACUUUAUAGAAGCCUGUGAACUCCUGAAGGUAUCUCUGUCUUGCUAACAGAAACCUGAGGAUGCUUGCUAGUUUUGUGUUAAUUACCAUACUGUAUCAGUAACUUUUUUAGUUUCACUUAUUGCUCAUAAUUUUUUUUUAAAUAUAGAAAGCAUUAAAUGUUUUACCAAAUAGAGAAGGUGACUCCAAACAGUCAAAGAGAUAGUAUGAGAAAUAUCCUGUAAAUGCUGAUAUUCUUGACAUACCGAAUUCCAAGCUGUUUAAAAGCUGUAUCUGUAUGAAGGCCUUACAUAAACAUAGAAAUUAGGAAAUCCAAAUUCUUAAAGGCUUUUAGGUAUCUGAAUGUUGAUAUGUACCUACUUGAGCACUUUGGUAUGCUGUUUCUAAAUGUUUGUUGAUCACUAACCCCAAGUGUUGCUGUUGCUUUUCUCCCUGCCCCCCCAGUAUAUUAAGUUUUAUAGUCGGCAUCACUGGAUGAAGCUCCUUUCCUGAACAGGUCUUUAUUUUGCAUUCCUCAUCUAUUCCCUGCUUCCAUAGAUACCAGCUAUUGAAGUACUGGGGCACUUGCUUUGUUUUUAAUGGAUUUCUUUUCCCAUGUAGCCUGUACAGAGAUAUUCCCCAGUUAGAACUGUUCUUCCACUACAGAAAUGUUCACUUUUAUUAGUUCAUUUUUUAGCACUAGAUUCCAUUUAAGCAGUCCUGUCACUAGAGGGUCCUCUAACAAAUUACCAAAAGCUCAAGUCAUUUUGAAUUAGGAGUGAGAGGGUCUAGUCAUUGCAUAUAUUUGUGCUUUUAGCUUCCAGUGGUGUGAGGGUACAGCCCCACUUCUGAGUGAGGGGAAUGAGCUGGUGUGGCCACUGGGAGCCCGUGGGGUGGUUGUCACUGCAGGGUGGCUCCUGUUGUGGAACUGCUCCACUGGUCAUCUGCUGUGGGACGUACAGAGAGAGACCUCAGCUCUCGCUGCCUCCCUCAGUGGGAGGUGGACACACAUCGGGGCAGCAGUGUGUAGCUCUCAUGUUCCCAUCAGGAUCAGGCUUUGUGAGGUGCUGAGGUGAGGCUCUUCACCUGUUCUCUGGAUUUUUGUAUUUCAUGUGUAUGAGCAUGCUUUGGGCCUUCUCUCCCCGUGUGAUUGAUCAUUCAGAGAAGUGUCAUGGUGGUGAUACCUGUGCAGUGGAUUCAGUGGGUGUGUUAAAAUGCUUAAGAAGAAAAUUAGCUGGUGCAUGAUUUCCCUUUUCCCCCUAACCAUGAGUUUUUGCAUUCUGGACCAAAAUUCCUAGAGUCACAAAAUCUCUGUGAGUACUUUCUCCUCCUUGGCUUUAUAUAACAAAAAAAGUCACUUUUACUUUCUUAAAGGUAGGUUUCAAAGUAUUUUUGCCUAAUUUGGUGUGACUUCUGUUGCUUUAAAAAGAAGAUACAUUUGGGUCAUGGGAUUUGAAAUCUUGAGGGGGGGAUGUGUGUGUAUGAAGCACAUGUACACAAAAAAAGGGUGCAUUUCGUUUCCUCUGGGUUUGGGACCCAGCCCUGCAUUACCUAAAUAGAAAUCACAUGUUGCUCUUGUCUCCACUAAAUUUUGUCUUUUAAAUUCCCAGUGAGGAGACUGAGGAUGUUCUCGGGGUGCUGUUGGCACCCUGGUCCCUGUCACGUGGAACUGGGUUCAUGUGGGCUUGGUGGGCUUGACCAUGAAAACACAAUUCUGAGCUGGCGUUUCCGUGGCAGUUGCUGCUGCUGGCUGGGCUAUGGUGAUGGCCAGCAGGUGCCUUCACUGUGCACAUCCAGGUUUUUCACUGCAGUGUUACUGGUUAAUACCACAGUUUACAAAAAAAAGUUAUAAAUUGUGCACAAUCUAAACUGUGUGAGGCUGGGAGGUGCUGAAUGGAACUGGUGGUCCCCUCUUGGUCUGAUUUGUGCUUUAGGCUUUCUAAACUCCACAGUCUUGAGCAACUGGCUUUGCUUUCACAUGGAUGUAUCUGACCACGGUAUAACACAACGAAAAACUGUGCUUUGAGUGUUAAUUUAAUCACAACAAUUUUUGGGUAGAUACCUUCUCCCCACCAAACCCUUCCUGGUUCAUUUUAGGUCAUCCAGAAUUACGAUUUAUAAUGUUUUCUGUUGUGGUUAUUUUGUUGUGUUACAAAAAUAAGUGAAUAUAUCUGCUGCCUUAGAUAGGCUGAUUUUUUUUGUUUUGUGGAAAGCAGUGGUAUUAUGUUUUUCUCCUUUGUUUGAAAUGUUACACUGAAUGUUUUAUAGGAAAAUUUUUUUUUACUGUGUUUUCAAUAAAGGUAAAGUGUGAUUUA